AUGAAGCUGUUAUGUAAAUUCUUCCACGCACCGGAAACAAAGCCCGAUAAAAGGGUCGUGAGGAUAAUUGACAAAGCACUUGGCUUUGCAAUCGACGAACUGCUGAAGCGCCCUCAGCCCGCCGAUGCUCUUGUGGACAACGAGAUGCGGCUUUUUCUCCUGGAGAAGGUUAAGGUGCAUAAGCAAAAACGAAUUCUCCUCGCUGUCAUGCUGCAGUAUCCAGAAUAUAUUCCUGAAUGCUGGGGAGGUGAGGCAGCCCGUCGUUCACAGAAAUCUCCAGCUGCGUUAAGCACCGAUAGGACGGAUAGGACGGAAACUGAGAGCGAGAAGACGAUUCUGCAGACGACUAGACAGGUUCUCGGCGUACAUCUUGACACGCAAUCGAAAGCACCAGACGAAUGUUCUGUCGAAGAACUUUUUGGAUAG